AUGAUAUUAAAAACAAUAUUAAUUUUUUCGUUUUUAGUUUCAUUUUUUUCAACUGCUCAUUCAAUUGAAAAACCUUUUGUAAUAGAGGAAAUACACAAUGAAACUUCUUUGAUUUUUAAAUUUUAUAAAGAAAGGUCUUAUAUUAGCCGUCUGGAAAUGUAUAAAGACCGAGAAACUCCAAGAACUGAUUUUCCAAAUUAUUUCGACUGUACUCUCAUUAUUGGAGAAUAUAGAUAUUGUGUUUUGCAUUCUGACCUUCCUUUUUCUAGACUAUGGGGUAGUAUUUAUAGUAAGGUAUGUGUAAGAGAUGUAUCAAGUCCAAGAGUGGAUUGUAUUUCAUAUAAGAUAAUAGAUGUUUCAUAUGUGGCUCCAGUAAAUGUCAAAUUUACCAGUCUUCCUCCAACCUCAGGAGGUGAUGUCGUUAUAAAUGGUAGUUUUUUAAGGUUCGUUGGAGGUCCAAAUAAACUUGAUCAUAGCAUUCCUCCUUUUAACCCAUUUUAUGUUAAAGGCGAUUUCUCAGAUCCAUCAUUUAACUGUAAUAAUAUCACUGUUACAUUUCCACCAGGUUCCGGAUCAUUUUGGGUAUUUUUUAUUGACGGAGUAAGUGGUGAAUAUUUAAUUUCUUAUGCACACCCAAAAAUUUCAGGUUUUAUUGUGGAUUUAUCAAAAAAUGUAAUAAUAAUUGAUGGAGAUAACUUUUUUACUAAUAAAUCUUUGGUUCAAGUUUAUUUUGAUGAUAUCCAACAACAAAAUAUAAGUAUUACAAUUAGUCAUACACAAAUUCAAGUAAUAAACUUCAAUAGAAUCGAUCCUGGUCCAAUGUCUGUUCUUAUUACAGUAAAUGGAGUUCAAACCCAAAAUAAUUAUACUCAUUGUUUCCCGUCAAUUAUUACAUCAAUAUCUUCAGUAUCAAAUGAUUUGGGUGGUAUAGUAACAAUUAAAGGUUCAAAGUUAUCUUCAACUUCAAAUUCAUCGAUAAUUCCUUCAAUUACAAUUGGUAAUAAACAAUGUAAAUUUAUUAAAUCAACAACAACUGAAUUAGAAUGUAAAUUAGAUCCAAAUAUAUCUAGUGGUAAAAAGUUAUCAGUUGAUGUUAAUUUCAAUGGUUGUAAUUCAACAAGUUCUGGUAGUAGUCCUGUAACAUUUACAUAUAAUAUUCCAGCACUAUCAAGUGGGUCAUUUUCAAAUGGUAUCGUUACAUUAAUUGGGGAGAAUCUUGGUAAUAAUAAAGAAUCAUUCAUUCAAUUAUAUACUAAUGAAAUUAAUAUAAAAAUUGAAAAAUUUAAUAUAUCAUCUGAUCAAAAGAGUUUAACAUUUAAAUUGCCACAUUUAAAAUGUAAAUCAUUUAAUAUUAAUUUCACUCGUAAUAAUAUUUCAAUUAACACAAUUUCAAUUUCGGCAUCAUUAUCAAAUAAUGUAAUUAAUAAACCAUCAGUAUCAAAUGGAACAUUAUUUAUUGAAUUGUAUUAUAUCGAUUGUCCAAUUAGUUCAUCAUCAAAACCAACUAUUACAGUUGGUAAUUCAUUAACCAAUCAAUGUUCAAUACCAUUAUUAAAAUCAUCAACAUCAGAUUAUUAUGAAACAACAUGUUUAAUACCAUUUGGUACUGGUAUCAAUAGACAAUUCGCAUUGAAAUAUAAUUCAGAGUUAGUAAAUAACAUUUUCUCAUAUGCACCACCUAUUAUUAAUGAUAUAAUAAAUAAAGAUAAUAAAACAUUAAGUUGUGGAAGUAUUAUAACAGUUUCAGGUAAUAAUUUAUUAACAAAUGAUGAAGAAUUCAAAGUUAAAGUAUUAGCAAAUAAUCAAGAUACAACAAUAAUUAAACAAGAUGAAAACAUAUUAUUAGUUAAAUAUGAUAUUAAUGAGAGUCCACUAAAUGUUUCAGUAUUUAUUGGUAAUGAUUUGAUAAAAUCAAAUGUAAUAUUAACAUUUUUACAACCAAUAAUUACAGUUAUUCCAAAUAUUAAAAAUAAUAAAGAUGGUAUUUCAAUAAUAAUUGGUGGAAUUAGUUUGUCGAAUAUUAUUAAUUCAAGUUUAACACUCUCUUUAAAUGAUAAUUUAAAUACUAUUAUACCUCUUAAAUGUAAUUUACAAUGUAGUCUAUUUCCAAAUGAUACAUUUUAUUAUAAUAAUACAGUAUUAAGUUCAAAUGAAAUUCAUAUUACAAAUUAUACUGAUAGUUUAUUAUGUCAUUCAAAUUCAAUAAUUAAUGAAACAUCAGGAGUAUUAAAUAUUCAAUUUGCUCAAACUUCAUUCCAUUAUGAUGUUAAAAUUGAUGAAAUUGAAUCUUCAUCAUCAUCAUUUUCACAAUCAUCUUCACCAUCAUCUUCACCAUCAUCUUCACCACCAUCUUCAACAUCAUUAUCAUCUUCACCAUCAUCAUCAUCAUCAUCAUCAAUAAGUGGUGGAAGUAAAUCAUUAAGUGGUACAGUUGCAAGUAUUACAAUUGCUUGUGUUGCUGUUGUUGGUGCUCUUGUUGCUAUAAUUUAA